GUUAUUAUGUUUUACAAGUGGCCUAUAGGCGUCCAGGCUCCAUAGCAACCCCCAAAAGUAGGGGAGGGAGAGAGACAGGAAGGAGUAUCUUUGGCGGGAGAGUGGAAGCGCUUUACAGCAUCGGGAUACAUUUAAGAUGGACUUCAAGCGUAAGAAAGCGCCGUUAUCAAAUCUAUCCAGCUCGCAGUCCAAGAAGAAGCGAGGCGAUGGGGACGACGAUGGCCCCUCUCAGUUUGAGGAAGAGCUUGCAUUCCUGCAAGAAGUUGAAGCAGACAUGGCAAUGGAGUUUGGGGAAGAACAACAUAGUGCUGAUGUCCUGCCUGUUGGCAAACUCAUUUCUGAAAUUACUAACCCAAAAUGGUUAAGGCCACCGCUUCCACAGAGUGAUCCCAAACAGCAUUCUCUGUGCUUCCAACAGGUAGAGCUGGACCACUACGUUGGAUCACACAUGCCUGGGAUGCUCGGAGCAAUGACUGGACCAGUGCCUAUUGUCCGCAUGUUUGGAAUUACAGCAGAAGGAAAUAGCAUUCUGUGUCACAUCCAUGGAUUCGCGCCUUACUUUUACGUGCCCUGCCAAACUGGUUUCAAAGAAGAGCACCUGAGCGACUUCAAGAAGGAGUUAAAUAAUGCUGUCAUGAAAGAUCUGCGUUCUAACAGAGACAAUAUAUCUCAGGCUGUUUUGGCUGUAGACAUCUGUAUGAAAGAGAAUAUGUACGGAUACCACGGGAAGAGAAUAAUGCCUUUCCUUAAAAUCACCAUGGCCCUUCCGCGUCUUAUUGCACCCGCUAAGCGUCUUCUGGAGCAAGGGCUGCGUUCCGGAUGCUUCCCAAUACAUUGUUAUCAAGCUUAUGAGGCCAAUAUCGACUUUGAAAUCCGGUUUAUGGUCGACAAUGAUAUUGUUGGAUGUAACUGGAUUGAGCUUCCUCCGGGGAAAUAUCAUAUACGGAAGGAACCGGGUGAAGGUGACUCUUCUAAAGCAAAGCCCAUCAAGGUAUCACUUGCUCAGCUUGAGGUUGAUGUUAACUCUGCGGAUCUCAUCAGUCACCCAGCAGAAGGAGACUGGCAGAAAAUCGCACCUAUGCGUGUCCUGAGCUUCGACAUUGAAUGUGCUGGGAGGAAAGGCAUUUUCCCUGAGCCUGAUAAAGAUCCUGUGAUUCAGAUUGCGAAUAUGGUCCUACGCCAGGGAGAGAAGGAUCCUUUCAUCAGGAAUGUUUUCACUCUGGGAUCCUGUUCAAGCAUUGUGGGCUCCCAAGUACUCUGCUUCGAAAGGGAACAUGACCUGCUCAGGGCUUGGGCAGAGUUUGUGCGUAUUAUUGAUCCAGACAUUAUAACGGGUUACAAUAUUCAGAAUUUCGACUUGCCAUACCUGAUCAACAGAGCUCACAACUUAAAGGUACAAACUUUCCCUUUCCUGGGAAGAAUCCGCUCCAUGAAGUCUGUAAUCAAAGACUCCUCCUUCCAGUCCAAACAAAUGGGACGUCGAGAAAACAAAGUUAUUAAUACAGAAGGACGUGUCCAGUUUGAUUUGCUGCAGGUUCUCCUGAGAGAUUAUAAGCUCCGUUCCUACACUUUGAAUGCUGUAAGUUACCAUUUCUUACAAGAACAGAAGGAAGACGUGCAGCAUUCGAUCAUCACCGACCUUCAGAACGGCAAUGAACAAACCCGCAGGAGGCUGGCUGUGUAUUGUCUGAAAGAUGCCUACUUACCACUACGUCUCCUGGAGAAGCUCAUGUGUGUUAUCAACUACAUGGAGAUGGCUCGUGUCACUGGCGUGCCUCUCAACUAUCUCUUGUCCCGGGGUCAGCAAAUUAAAGUAGUGUCUCAGCUUCUUAGACAGGCAAUGAAACAGGAUUUGGUGAUGCCGGUGGUGAAAUCCGAGGGAGGAGAGGAUUAUACUGGGGCCACAGUUAUUGAACCUGUGAAAGGGUAUUACGCUGUGCCCAUUGCAACUCUGGACUUUUCAUCCCUGUAUCCAUCGAUUAUGAUGGCUCAUAAUCUGUGCUAUACUACCCUGCUCCAGUCUGGCUCUGCCGAAAAAUAUGGCCUCAACCCUGAAGAUUUCAUUAAGACCCCGACCGGUGAUCAGUUUGUGAAGGCAAGCGUUCGCAAGGGGCUUCUGCCAGAGAUCUUGGAAAAUCUGUUAUCUGCCCGAAAGAGGGCAAAGACGGAGCUGAAAAAGGAGACUGACCCCUUUAAACAGAAGGUGCUGGAUGGACGUCAGCUGGCACUUAAAAUCAGUGCCAACUCUGUGUAUGGGUUUACGGGAGCGCAGGUUGGCAAACUGCCUUGUCUGGAAAUAUCACAGAGUGUCACGGGCUUCGGACGUCAAAUGAUCGAGAAAACAAAGCAACUAGUGGAAUCCAAAUAUACAACGGACAACGGAUACAGGGCAGACGCCAAGGUGAUAUAUGGAGACACAGACUCCGUAAUGUGCAAACUUGGCGUUCAGACUGUGGCCGAAGCAAUGGAGGUUGGAAGAGAGGCGGCAGAAUGGGUAUCCAGCCACUUCACCCCACCCAUAAAACUGGAGUUUGAAAAGGUAUAUUUCCCUUACUUGCUGAUCAACAAGAAGAGAUAUGCAGGGCUCUAUUUCUCUUCUAGCCCAGACACUCAUGACAAAAUGGACUGCAAGGGAAUCGAGACGGUCCGAAGGGACAACUGCCCUCUUGUGGCCAAUCUCAUCAAUACCUGUCUGCAGAAGAUUUUAAUUGACCGAGAUCCAGUGGGAGCUGUUGAACACGCAAAGGACAUUAUUUCCGAUUUGCUGUGUAAUCGUAUAGACAUCUCCCAGCUGGUGAUAACCAAGGAGCUCACGAGGACUGCGGACGAGUAUGCAGGAAAGCAGGCCCACGUGGAGCUGGCAGAGCGAAUGCGGAAGAGAGAUCCGGGAAGUGCCCCAAAUCUAGGAGACCGUGUGCCGUACGUCAUCAUCGGAGCAGCGAAAGGAGUGGCUGCAUAUAUGAAGUCCGAGGACCCUAUCUACGUCCUUGAGAACAACAUCCCCAUAGAUACCCAGUAUUACCUGCAGCAACAACUAUCAAAACCUUUACUAAGAAUCUUCGAACCUAUCCUGGGGGAGUCCAAGGCAGAGAGUGUACUUCUCAAGGGCGAACACACACGUUGCAAGACGGUGUUAACAUCGAAGGUUGGUGGUCUGAUGGCAUUCGCUAAGAAACGCAGUACUUGCAUUGGAUGCAAAGCAAUGCUAACUCACGAUGGUGCAGUGUGUAAUUAUUGCAAGCCAAAGGAAUCUGAGCUUCACCAGAAGGAGAUUUCACACCUUGGUUCCCUUGAGGAGAAAUUUUCUCGUCUCUGGACUCAGUGCCAGAGGUGUCAGGGCAGCUUACACGAAGAUGUUUUAUGCACGAGCCGUGACUGCCCCAUAUUCUACAUGAGGAAGAAGGUACAGAAAGAUCUAGAUGACCAAGAGACGUUGAUUCGUCGCUUUGGACCCCCAGUUUGGUAACAGAGGUCCCUUUCUCUGGGAUUGAAAAUAAUGCACUGAUACCACAACAUUUCCCUGAUGCAUCCAUCCCAGGAACGUGAAGAGGAGAGUAGGUUCUGUUAGUAAUUUUGUCUGUGGUUGAUGCUUCGGCUCAACAGCAAGAGCAUCGAAAAGACAAGCUAGGCCAUCAGCCAUAUUUAGGUUUGCCAAUCUGUAAAAUUUUAGAAGAAAUGAUUGGAGGACAAGUUCCUUUUUUUGCUUUACAAACCUUCAACCUAUGAAAUCAACCCAACUUGAUUGCUCAACAGCCAGGAUUGCUGACUCAGGGAACCAGUUCAUCAAUCCUAAUGUUCUUAACCUCAAGACUUCCGUUGCUGUUAGAAUAUAUGGUCAGAUCAGAGGACAAAAAAAAGACCAUGUGGGUUCCUAAUAAGUACUUUAUAAUACGUGUCCAACCCCACAUCAUUUCUACUUCCAAUAUUCGUUUUGUUUCUUUUGUCGUGUGGUUGGACAAAUUUAUACGGAUCUAGACCUUUGUUGAACUAUGCACUGGGAUUUUGGAAGUUUGACUUUAGUCUGAGAUUUAUUUACCAAACAGGAGAUUUUUGUAUCGUUUUGUAUGAAAACUAAGCUAAUAAACAGUCAAAACUA